AUGUUACAAUCGAAAGGUGUCUUGAAUGAUAUACCAAUCAAAAACAAGGGUUCCAGCCAAAAAAUUUGGCCAUUUUUCAUGUAUCAACGGGACGAUCACGACACCGAAGAAUUAAACACGAAUCGAGCGAACAAUGUGACGAUUAGAAGACUUCGACAUGAUGGAAAUUACUUUACAGAUUUAGGCAGCACAGAGUGUUUUCACUGUGCAAUUGGACCAGUUCUGAAUAUCGCCCAGAUAUUCGGUAUAUUUCCAGUGUCCGGAGUUCGAUCUUCAUCGCCCACGAAGCUUCAGUUCAAAGUGUUUUCGUUCCUUACUAUUUAUUCAGGUUUCAUCGCCGUCAUGAUGUUUAUCACGACGAUGAUAUCAAUAGUGUACAUGGUGAAAAUUUUAAAUACCGACAUAUUUCAUACACGAGGUGGGAUCGGUACUGCAACAGUUGGCGCUGUGUUCUAUGGGAACAGUCUGCUGGGCAGCAUCUUAUUUUUCUGGCUAUCCUCACGGUGGAUACCCCUUCAAUGCGAGUGGAGAGUCAUGGAACAAUAUAUGGACAGCAAUUCGUCAGAAACUCCACGUCUACGAUGGAAAUUCUUCCUCAUAAGUUCUGUGGUUAUGCUACUGGCUCUCAUAGAACAUAUUCUAAGCGUGUUCAACAAUAUCGAAGGUUACGACUGGAACGGAUCAAACUCUACGUUUCGUAAUUUCUUGGAGAUAUACAGUUUACGUUCGCACGCGUUCAUCUUUAACAUACUGGACUAUAAUUUCACCUUCGGUUUGUAUAUCUUCGUUGUUAGCAAACUGGCAACUUUCACCUGGAAUUUUACGGAUCUUUUUAUCAUGCUGGUUGCCACUGGUUUGGCGGAAAGAUACAAAACUUUGAACAAGAAAUUAGCAAUCACAGUAACGAAGUAUCGAGCGACGUUCGAUUGGCGCGAGCUCCGCGAAGAUUAUGCGAUAUUGAGCUGCGUCGUGAAGAAAGUGGACGAGCAACUCUCUCCGAUUAUUCUUCUGUCUUUUGCAAACAAUCUGUAUUUCAUUUGUUUGCAACUUAUGAACGGCUUGUCCACAUCAGACGACAGCAUGUUGAGAGCAGUUUACUUUUUCGGCUCCUUCGCAUUUCUUAUCGGCCGUACGUGUGCUGUUACCUUGCUUACGGCUAGAAUACACGAUCAAAGCAAGGAAGCUUUACCCUAUUUGUACAAUUGCUCGGCGUCCAGUUACAGCGUCGAGACUCAGAGGCUGCAGUAUCAACUCGCAACAGACGAUGUAGCCUUAACAGGACUGCGCUUCUUUUCGAUCACGAGGAAUUUUAUGCUUGCGGUGGCUGGAGCGAUCAUGACGUACGAAGUUGUAUUUUUACAAUUUAGUGGUAGUAAAUAA